AUGCGGGGUCUUCAACAGGAGGAUGUCAGUACAAAGGAAUACACAAUGUACCAAGCCGAGCACGGAUUGAACGUCACUGUUGAAAAAAGCGGACUUAUCAUCCACCCCAGCCAUAAUUUCCUAGCAGCCAGCCCUGAUGGCAAAGUAUUUUCAAGUGAUGGACAGAAUGGCCUGAUUGAAAUCAAAAAUAUGCUCCAGAACAAGAACUUGACACUCAGGGAGGCGUUCCAACCUGACACAUGUGCUGGAACAGAGCCUUCUCCAGCACCUGCCAUCCUUGCUACCCGUGGACGUCGCAGACCCUCCAGGAGAUCCACCACUGGCACCAGGCCUGCAACUCAGCCCUCCCGGGCACCCACCAUCCCUCCUGCACAUCAGAGUUUAGCGUUGCCAUCUAGCCUUGUACAAGGUAUCCAGUCCUCACAGAAACCCACCGGCCUCCCUCCAGUUGGACAGUCAUCCACCGGCCUCCCUCCUGGUAGACAGUCAUCCACCGGCCUCCCUCCUGGUAUACAUCCAUCCACCUGCCUCCCUCCAGCUGGUUUAUCUCCACCUGCCUCCAGACAUCUGAACAGCCAUCAGAUCGCCAGACUUAUGCAAGGCUCCAUGACACUAGUCAGACUUCUCAGGUAGAUCAGGACCCAGUUGCUCACAGAGCACUAGAUCUACACGUCAACGGUCUGUCAGAUUUGUGAGAAGAGGGUUAACACAUGAAUGGAUUGUG